UAGGGACACAUCCCGCCGACUCAUCACUUCUUGAACAGCCGCUUCUUUCUUCUUCUUUCUUUUCUUUUUUUUUUUUUCCAAUUUUAUAUUAUCUUUCUCCUUCACAUAUUUUUAAUAUUCCCACCUCCCGCCGGUCACCACCAUCACAGUACAGUUACCGUACUACCACCGUCGCCAUGUCUCUUUCUCGUAUUCCUUCUUCCUCCUUUCUCAAACCUUUCUCUUCUUCCUUUCGUCUCCUCUCAUCUGCCGCCGAUGUCUCUGCCGACCUCACAAUCCAAACUUCUGUCCCUUUCACCGCUCACAAAUGCGAGCCACCGUCGCGUUCCGUCGACACCAGUCCCAAGGAGUUACUUACUUUCUUUCGCGAAAUGGCGCUUAUGCGACGCAUGGAGAUUGCCGCCGACUCACUUUAUAAAGCCAAAUUGAUUCGAGGAUUUUGCCAUCUCUACGAUGGUCAGGAAGCCGUGGCUGUUGGAAUGGAGGCUGCAAUCACCAAGAAGGACGCCAUUAUCACCGCAUAUAGGGAUCACUGCACCUUCCUCGGCCGUGGGGGAACGCUUCUGGAGGCAUUCGCUGAGCUCAUGGGCCGCCAAGCUGGGUGCUCCAAAGGAAAAGGGGGUUCGAUGCAUUUCUAUAAAAAGGACGCUGGAUUCUAUGGCGGCCACGGAAUUGUGGGAGCUCAGGUACCUUUGGGAUGUGGCUUGGCUUUUGCUCAGAAGUACUCGAAGGAGGGCACCGUGACCUUUGCUCUUUACGGCGACGGUGCGGCAAAUCAGGGCCAAUUGUUCGAGGCGCUCAAUAUGUCCGCGCUUUGGGAUUUGCCUGUAAUUUUGGUCUGUGAGAAUAAUCAUUAUGGUAUGGGAACUGCAGAGUGGAGAGCAGCCAAGAGUCCAGCCUAUUACAAGCGUGGUGACUAUGUUCCUGGACUGAAGGUAGAUGGCAUGGAUGCUCUAGCAGUUAAGCAAGCUUGCAAGUUUGCAAAGGAUCAUGCCUUAAAGAAUGGACCCAUUAUUCUCGAGAUGGACACUUACAGGUACCACGGUCAUUCCAUGUCUGAUCCUGGAAGUACCUACCGCACACGUGAUGAGAUUAGUGGUGUGAGACAGGAGCGUGAUCCAAUUGAAAGGAUUAGAAAACUGUUAUUAUCUCAUGAGAUAGCCACUGAAAAGGAUCUGAAGGAUAUUGAGAAGGAAAUGAGAAAAGAAGUAGAUGAAGCCAUUGCUCAAGCCAAGGGAAGUCCAAUGCCAGAUCCUUCGGAACUUUUCUCGAAUGUGUACGUGAAAGGAUUUGGAGCUGAGUCGUUCGGAGCAGACCGAAAAGAAAUCAGGGGUGUUCUUCCAUAAGCAAGCAGACAAGAGUUGGCAUUGUAUAGACAACCUUUUCACACGAAGGCAGUAUACCUAUGAAACCGAAACCUUAUGGGAAAAAAACCAGAAUAACAAACAUGUUUUCUUUUUUGACUUUGACAGAAGCAGCUCUCUUUUCCAUGUUCAUGGAAACCAGUCUCUGGUUGUAUAUGCUUGGAUAAUUUGAAAUACAAGUUUGGUAAUUUUAAGGUUUCUGAAUAUAUGAUGAAAGGAAAUGUUACAAUACUUGGAUAUAAUCAUAAUAUAGUUCUUCAUGGGAGAAUUGCCCAUUCA